AUGGGCGACUUCCUGCGAUCCGUCUGGCUCGCCGAGGAGUUGCACAUGCUCGCCGCCGCGCACGCCACCGGCGGCGGCGAUCCGCGCGCGCGCGACAAGGCCGGGGGGCUGCUGCGCGCGCGCUCGCUGCGGCGACAGAAGUCCACCGCGGCGCUUCCGCGCGCGCUGACUGCGCGGACCGUGGAGGAAGUGUGGAAAGACAUUCAGGCGGAACUAGCGGGGGAGGGGGAAGCAGCGGAGGGGGGGGGAACGGGGAGAGCCGGAGAAUGGGGAGGAGGCAAGUUGCGGGGUGGGCAGCAGUGCGCGGAGAGAGGGGGAGGGGGGAGCCGCGGGCGGGGACAGGGGGGGAGUUGGGGGGGCAACAGCGGGGCGGGGGGAAAGGCGGAGGUGGGGAAGAAUGGGGACAAGCAGGGGGGCAGGGCGGGCGGGUGGGGAGCGGGGGAGCGAAUGGCCGCAGUUCUUAGGUUGCACAUGAUUCCGGGUGGGUCAGUGAAGGAGCGGGCAGCACUGUACAUGAUCAAGGCGGCAGAGGCGAGUGGCGAGUUGAGGGAGGGCGGGGUGAUCGUGGAGGGCACGGCGGGCAACGCGGGCAUCGGGAUGGCGCUGGUGCCCAAUGCACGUGGGUACAAGACCGUCAUCGUCAUUCCCGAGACGCAGAGCCAGGAGAAGAAGGACAUGCUGCGCAUUGCGGGGGCCACGCUGGUAGAGGUGCCAGCAGUGCCGUACAAGAACCCCAACAACUACGUCAAGUACUCGGGCAGGCUCGCUCAAGCCAUUGCCAAGACACAUCCAGGCGGUGCCAUAUGGGGCAACCAGUUUGACAACACAGCCAAUCGCCAGGCGCACUACGAGACAACGGGGCCGGAGAUCUGGACGGAGGGGCGAGUGGACGCGUUCAUCUGCGCCAUUGGCACGGGGGGCACGCUCGCUGGCACCGGCAAGUACCUGAAGGAGCGCAAGGCGGGGGUGCGCGUGGGCAUGGUGGACCCAAUGGGCGCCGCCAUGUUCAGCUACUACAACAACGGCACGCUUGAGGCCCACGGCUCCUCCAUAUCAGAGGGCAUAGGGCAGGGGCGCAUCACAGGCAACCUGCAGGGGUGGGGGCUUCCGGAGAGAGAAGGGGGAUGCGUUGACUUCUGCUGCCAGGUGGAGGACGCGGAGGCGCUGCCAGUGGUGUACGACCUGCUGCGCUACGAGGGGCUGUGUGUGGGGCUGUCAUCGGGCAUCAACGUGGCGGGCGCCAUGCGCCUGGCGCGCGCCAUGGGGCCGGGCCACACCAUCGUGACGGUGCUGUGUGACCUGGGCACGCGCUACCAGGGCCGCCUCUUCAACCCGCCCUUCCUCACCGCCAAGGGGCUGCCGCUCCCCGCCUGGAUGGACAGCGAUGCCGAUACUGCUGUGGCCGUGCCUCAGGUGCUCCAAGAGGUGGACUCGUGA